CAAAGCUAUUCUCGGGGACGGCUUGGAAGAAGUCUCGGCGAGUUCAUCUUUUGUAGUGGUGUGUGAAGCCGAAUAUAAAAUUCAUGCAUACCACGAAGGUUGAGGUGUGAAAAUCGCCUGUUCCUGCAAUUGUUCUCCUCAUAUUAGUGUCGAGUACGGAUACGUGGACUUAAAAUGGAGGAUCUAACUGGGCAUUCCGAAUCGAGUCGUGAUGAAUUUUUAAACGAUCCCCCUGCCAGUACACUCCAUUCCACAGUGUCAGUUGACGAGACCGAAACACAAGGCCCUGCAGGGUUUCUGGAGAGUUCAGAGGAAACCUUGGAAGUCGGCGGGGGCGAGGACAGCGAUGAAAUUGCAUGUACAGAUACGAACGUGGGUGAACGAAAUUCGUCACCUGUGGAAGUCGCUAGCGGUGAUUUGAAAUCAAGUGAACAAGGCGAGACAGAAUUGCAAGGUGGUCCGACGAGCAGUCAAAAUGCUGGCGAACUCGAACUCGUGAAUAAAACAACUCCAGCAGAGGUCGAGAACGGCACGAACAAUGAACAAGACACAACGCAAAGCCACUUGCAAAUAACGGAAAACAGCGGUAGUACUGUUGAGGUAUCCCCGACAAGUGAACCAUUAAAAGACGCCAGUGUAUCAGAGGGGAGCGAUAGUUCAACGCAACUCGAUAUCACAACAAAUGCCCUCGACUCCGGUUUAGAAGUUCCAGGGGACGAACCUUUGUUGACGGCAGGAACCGGAAGUGAAGUCGGAAAGGAAAACGCUGAAACAAGGACUGCCCAAGAACAACAGGCUCUAGAGUCACUUUAUCACAUCAAGUGGAUAAAAUGGAAAGGAAUUAACACCCCUAUCAUCACUCAAAAUGAGAACGGUCCUUGCCCUCUGCUGGCAAUUGUAAACGUACUACUUCUGCAGAGACGAAUUAAUCUUCCCUCCCAGCAGACAUAUAUUACAUCAGGGCAGCUCAUGGAGUACAUUGGAGACUGCAUCCUAGAGGAAUCACCCAAGCGCUUGUCAGAGGGAGCUCAACUAAACUAUGAACAAAACAUGCAUGAUGCAAUAGCAAUUAUGAACAAAUUACAGACAGGAUUAGAUGUUAAUGUGAAAUUUACAGGGGUUGCAGACUUUGAGUUCACCCCAGAGUGUAUUGUUUUUGAUCUCCUCUCAAUUGGGUUAUAUCAUGGUUGGCUUAUUGAUCCACAAAACACUGAGACUGUCUCUGCUGUUGGUGUACUCAGCUACAAUCAGUUGGUGGAGAAAAUAAUCGCCAGCAAACAAGAUGGUGCAGAAAGCCAGUUAGUUUCUGAAGGUUUAAUUGGUGAAGCCUUCCUUGAGCAGACAGCUAGCCAGCUAACAUAUCAUGGUUUGUGUGAACUGAACUCACAAUUGAAGGAUGACCAACUGUGUGUGUUUUUUCGGAAUAACCACUUUUGCACCAUGCUCAAGUUUAAGGAUGAGCUUUUCCAGCUGGUUACUGAUCAAGGAUUUCUCACAGAAGACCGUGUAAUUUGGGAAUCAUUAACGAAUGUAGAAGGUGAUGGUUUUUUUGUGGACGCUGAAUUUAGAAGUCUUCGAGUUGUGAAGAGUGAGCCGCCACCAGCACCAGUGCCACUUAGUCAACAACUUUCACAGGAAGAUCAAGAUUACCUGGUUGCAUUAAGCCUAGCCGAAGAAGAGCGCACCCCUGGAGAGGCUCAGACACACCCUGGAGGGCCAGUGCAAACUGAGCCCCUACCCAGCCAAGGACCUACCCAGCAGAGUGCCCAGGCUAAUCAAGAGUUCUCUGAUCUCCAAUUGGCGCUGCAACUACAGGAGGAGGAACGAAGAGAACAACAACAGCGGCAGCAACAACAACANAAAGAUGAGCUUUUCCAGCUGGUUACUGAUCAAGGAUUUCUCACAGAAGACCGUGUAAUUUGGGAAUCAUUAACGAAUGUAGAAGGUGAUGGUUUUUUUGUGGACGCUGAAUUUAGAAGUCUUCGAGUUGUGAAGAGUGAGCCGCCACCAGCACCAGUGCCACUUAGUCAACAACUUUCACAGGAAGAUCAAGAUUACCUGGUUGCAUUAAGCCUAGCCGAAGAAGAGCGCACCCCUGGAGAGGCUCAGACACACCCUGGAGGGCCAGUGCAAACUGAGCCCCUACCCAGCCAAGGACCUACCCAGCAGAGUGCCCAGGCUAAUCAAGAGUUCUCUGAUCUCCAAUUGGCGCUGCAACUACAGGAGGAGGAACGAAGAGAACAACAACAGCGGCAGCAACAACAACAACAAAGAACACAGUCAAGACCGCAACCAGCGCGCGGAUCUCCUUCACGAUCCAACAUCCUGCCUCAGUCACAGCAGCAGAGCAGUAACUCCAAUCAACAGAGAGCGGAGUCAGCUGAACUGAAAUGUGUUAUCCUUUAG